UGGUACAUAACAUCACUGAUAAGGGAUGUGUUGCCAUUUAAUCAUAGUAGAGAUUACAGAGAUUAUAAUUUUUUCUUCUAUCUGUAGAAACAUCACUUAGACUCCCCUCAGCAUGUUGGCCCAGUGGCUGCAAACUUAGUUCUGGGCUGCCUGAGCACACAGAUACAGUGUGGAGUGGCUCAAAGCGCAUACCUGUGUGAGAAAUGUCUACACCCCUGGGCGUCACUGUGUUCACGUCCCAGCAAGCCCUGCCAUACCUCCACACCUGACUGAGGCAUUUGAAAUGUGUCUAGCACGUAUCCCCAUUUUAAGGUUUAUUUUCCUGCUAGUAGGUUAUUUUUUUCUGAGGUUUCACUCGAAUUGGCCCACUUAGAUUGCAGAGGGGCACAAUAAUUAAGUUCUCAGUUAACCAGGAUAAAGCAGAUUCUGUGCGCACUUAACAAUAAAAAAUAAUAAUAAUUUAAAAAAAGUUAACCCAGUCUCUUGUAACACUUGAGUCGGCUCCGGGCCGUUCUCCUACAGUCGGACUCGGGAGUGGCUUUUGGUGACCUCAGGGUGCGCCCUGCGCUGUUGACGCGCUGCGCAAUUAUCGAGGGUGAACGCAUAGGUGGGAUGAGGGACAAUGGGUGUGUAGGGGCGGAAGAGACGAAUUUACUUAAUAAAUUGUAGACUCCUUCUUUAGUUAAGUAAGAUGUCCAGUCGAGUCAGGCUCGGGUACUGCCGGCAAGAAGUCAACAAAACCACAUGGGAAGUACCGGAGCGGUACCGGGAUCUGAGGCAGGUGGGGACGGGAGCGUACGGGACUGUAUGCUCGGCAGUGGACUCCAGAGCAGGAGUCAAGGUGGCCAUCAAGAAGCUCCACAGGCCGUUCCAGUCCGAGCUCUUCGCCAAGAGGGCCUACAGAGAGCUGAGGCUCCUCAAACACAUGAAACAUGAAAAUGUUAUUGGCCUAUUAGAUGUUUUCACCGCUGACCUCUCUCUGGACAGGUUCCAUGAUUUCUAUCUGGUGAUGCCCUUCAUGGGAACUGAUCUGGGGAAGCUCAUGAAGCUCCAGAGGCUUUCGGAGGACAAAAUUCAAUACUUGGUUUAUCAGAUGCUCAAAGGGCUUAAGUAUAUUCAUUCUGCUGGUAUAAUUCACCGAGACCUCAAACCAGGAAAUCUUGCCAUCAACCAAGAUUGUGAGCUCAAGAUUUUGGAUUUUGGUUUGGCACGGCAGGCGGACAGUGAGAUGACAGGGUACGUGGUGACUCGCUGGUACAGAGCCCCGGAGGUCAUCCUCAGCUGGAUGCACUACACUCAGACUGUGGACAUUUGGUCUGUGGGCUGCAUCAUGGCCGAGAUGCUGCAGGGGAAACCUCUCUUUAAAGGCAGCGACCACCUAGAUCAGCUGAAUGAGAUCAUGAAGAUCACAGGAACACCCACUCAGGAAUUUAUCUCAAAACUACAGUCUGAUGAUGCCAAAAGCUACAUCAAAAGCCUUCCAAGAGUGGAAAAGAAAGACCUCCUGGAGGUGUUUUCCAAAGUUAACCCGCAGGCCGUGUCUGUGCUGGAGCGUAUGUUACUGCUGGAUCCGGACAGCAGGGUCACGGCUGCCGAGGCUCUCACGCUGCCUUUCUUCUCCGAGUUCAGAGAGCCAGGGGAGGAGACGGAGGCGCAGCCGUACGACCACUCGCUAGAUAACGCAGACCUGCCCAUGGACCAGUGGAAACGUCACACCUUCACAGAGAUCUUGUCCUUCAAGCCCAUCACACUGGAGUCCAAGGAAACAUCAUUAUAACACACAAAGGGUUGUUGCAUGGACUGUAAUUAAGCCUGGCCUUCGACUCUUUUUUUUUUUUCAGGUAGAUCUCAAUUGACAAAAGUAUUUCCUGCAUUUCCACAGUUUUGUUUGUUUGGAGUGGCUUUAACAGCUAACUCAUUUUUACUACGUCUUUCCCACCGUUCCUGUGUUUAUAGUCUCUUUUUUUUCAGUGGUCAGCCAUGAGCACCCACUAUAUUCUCCUUUUCUGACUAUUUAUUCUCUGUCAAGGCUUAAUACUUGUUUGUGCAACCAGUCCGGAAUGUUUUUUAUAAAAGCAAGCUGCUGUUUCCGUA